AUGGUCGUAUGUGCCUGUCCUGCUUCCGCUCAAGGGCCCAAUCGAACCCGGGUGCAUGAGGCCCUCCCCGAAAACGUGCAAGCCGGGAAAUCCUCCUAUUCGUUUUACACUGCUUGUGAUUGGCUCGCGGGCGGGGACAUGCGGUUCUGCGGCUUUGGGCCCAUGGAGUCACACACACACGCCACCGCGCGAGAGAGAGGGGAGGAGCUUGAAGAGUCCAGCCACAUCCCCUGGGUCAUCGACGUCGACGACACCACCGCCUCGUCCGCCGGCGAUGGCCCCAACCUAGGCCGUCUGCGCGGACACAUUGCCCGCCAGAACCCGCAGAGCAAGGCCAUGAUCGAACACCUGACGGCCAACGCAACCCCCUCGGCAGACGCCGGCCCCGCGUCCGCCGUGCUCGAGAACGAGGUCCUCGUCCUCUUCACCGCCACCCCGCACUCCUACGUCACCCCCAAGUUCUACGUCGAGACCAAGCCCACCACGGGCAAGGUCGUGCCCACCUGGAACUACGCCGCCGUCCAGGCGUACGGCCGCGCCAGGGUCUACUUCGACUCCAAGUCCGACGAGACUUCGGCCUACCUGGACCGCCAGGUCGCUGACCUGUCCCACGCCAUGGAAACUUCCAUUAUGGGCUUCACCGGCCGUGAAGGGCGUCCCUCCGCUUGGAAGGUCUCCGACGCGCCGGACAGGUACGUCGACCUGCUCAAGAAGAACAUUAUCGGCGUUGAGAUCGAAAUCACCCGUCUUCAGGGCAAGUUCAAGAUGAGCCAGGAGAUGAGCAAGGGCGAUCGCGAGGGCGUUAUCCAAGGCUUCGCGGGCCUCGGUACUGAGCAGGCGGGCGAGAUAUCUGCGCUCGUUCGGGAGAGGGGCGAGCUCAAGGACGCCAAGAAGAGCCAGGCACCGUAA